GGAAUUAACCCUGCACUGGGAGACCGUGAAGAGGAGAGCUUGCCAUUCUUGGGAAGUUUAAGUUUAAUCACUUGUUUCAGAAAUUGGGUAAAAUAAGACACUACAAAUAGGAAAAAAUAAAUAAGCCCUGUUACAUCGUACAACCAAUGACGUUAGUUUUCCUGUGGGCUGAAAAGUACUUUCAGGCAGUACUAACUCUAAGGUCUGUGAAAGUGGCACCCUCAGGAGCCCCCUCCCCGCCCCCCAUCCCCUUUGAAAUGCAGCUGGAUUUUGCCUGAUCCUGAGCCCCUGCCCGCCCGCUGCAAUGAACUCCUCCAGGACCCGAGGAGGAGGAGGGAGCUCUGCCCACUGGGCCGGGCCAGUACCGCGAGCCCCAGAGCUUGAUGCCCCGCGCAGGUAGCGCCAGUCGCUAGUUUGCAAAGCGCAGGUCGGGUCUCCACACCACCGGCCGGGGUGCUGAUGCCCGAGUCACUUUGCUGUGGCUGGGUGUCCCCCUCCCGACCCACGUCACCUGUUUGACAGCCUCGCGCCAAAUCAGAAGGCAGCGCUUGCCAGGAGCCCCGCGCGUCACCCCGAGCUCCUGCAGAUUAGAACUCGCCUCUCCUGGCUCCUCCCUUCAGCCCAUUUAAAUCUCCCACUGCCUUUAGGAAAAAGUUACCCGGGCUCUGUCUCUGCAUUGCUUUUUCCACCGCAAGAUGAACACCAUUCUGCCUUGUCCAGACCAGUAUCUUUCAGGAGGCCAGAACUAUAACUGCCCGUAUUCCGCUGCAACAUCAGAGUCUAGUGUUGAUGUUUCCACGGAGACUUGGGUCUCUUUCUGGGCUGCUGGUCUCCUGGACAACAGUGAUCCCCAACAAGCACCACAGAAACAGGAACCAUCCUGUGACUUGGGUUUCCCUGUUCUGGACUCCUGUUCAUGGGAAGAAACUCAGCUUUCCUCGCAGCUCUUCCGAAACAAGCAGCUUCAAGAUACUCUGAUACAGAAGGAAGAGGAACUUGCUAGGCUGCACGAAGAGAAUAAUCACCUCAGACAGUACCUGAAUUCUACUUUGGUUAAAUGUCUCGAAGAGAAGGCCAAGAAAUUGCUUUCUUCAGAUGAGUUCUCCAAAGUAUGUGGGAAAUUCAGAAAGGGGAAGAGAAAUCCUAAAGAGCAAAGAUACUCUCCUGCCGAGACUCCCCACGCCAAAAAUGCCAAGAGGAAUCUCUCUAGUGAGUUUGACAACUGUGCAGAACAACCCAGGCCCCCUGUGGAUCCCUGGGUCCUCCAGAUGCUUGGGUUGAAAGACUUUGACACUAUCGAUGAUGCCAAAUCAGCUAACUGCAGUGCCCUCUCUGCUCAUCCCCAAGGAGUCACCAGAGCAUAUUCCCACUUUGUGGGUGAAGCGGUUGAUUAUGGAAAUGUCGCCAGAGAGCAUCUUCCCAAUGACCACGAAGGUGAAGGAACAGCCUUGUUGGGUAGCACUGCCAGCCCCGGGGGAGAGCUUCCCUGCUUUCCUCAACUUUCACGUCCCCCAGGAAGGACCCAAAUGCUUCCUUAUCAGGACGUGGAUGUGUCACCCAACAAAACCGAGAUGGCUUUCUCCACAUCCCUGAGCCCACACUGCAAUGUGAAGACUCAUUCUUUUCACCAGGGACAAGCUUUUGUGCGCAGAGACAAAGAGGGGGGCUGGAAGUUUACCUGGGUCCCCAAACAGUCCUACUGACCACCGUGCAUCUCAGAGCACUGCCGUGAACUCUGCUUACAGAGUCUCCUCUUGCACUUGACUAUGUGUGGAACACGGAAGCUAUCACCCAGCCUCUUUCCUGCCAUUUUAAAAGUUACUCUCACGUAUCUACUUAAAUCUGCAGGAAGUGUUUUUCAAGAAUUUAUAGGAAGCUUGCUCUUCUCUGACCUCAACUUGAUUUAUACACCAAUAGCUGUGACUGACUGACCCCUUCUCUUUGCUUUAUGUUUGAAACAGUAGUUUCCAAUUAUUGGCAGAUUUAAUGUAGUUUUAGUUCUGCUUUUCCAGUUAUGGCCAGUUUAACAGCUUUCCUUCAUUCUUCAAGUAGUUUAAUGUUCAUAGAUCUCGUACUUUUCUUCCUCUCCAGUUUCUCUGUCUUUCUGAACACUGCCUUUAGAAUGAGCCCUGAUAGUGGUCAAGUACUUGCUGCAGAAUGAUCACAGAGCUGAGGUGGGGUAGGCGUAAGUGCCUGUCCAUCACCACUGCAGGAGACAUAAUAUGGGUGUGAGUGGCCCUAGGUCCAGUUCAAAUAGUUGAAUGUCCCAUAGUGGCAUGGGCAAAAUACCUGUGAAAAUAACUGUAACUCCACUAAAAAGCAGUAUCAUUGAUACAUUACAAGUUACUUUAAAAAUGCCCCAUUGUAUAUCAGCUUCUCCUGGCACCUGAUUUUUUUUUUUUUAUUUAAUCAAAAUGGCUCAAACAAGAACACUUUAGGAACAAUGGGAACAAAGCGGGUCACCAUUUUAAUGGACAUAGAUGCCGGCUGCCCACUAUUAUUACUGGUAGCAUAAUCUAAUGUGGUUCUGCAUUAUCUUAUUCAUUUGAUCAUCUAUUCUUCAUUUAUCAGCUCACCUGAAAUGUCUGUAGAACACCUCACUUAUAAACCCUGUGCAGGGCACUGUGAGACCAUGUGAGCGAUUCAUAGUCUGUGCCCACGCUUUUAAAACCGGGAGCCAUUACUCUGCUCUUUGCCUUGAGAAAGCUACUUCCCUUGUAUGAAAGCUCAGUUUUCCUAGAUGAAAUUGGCAUUGAGAUGAGAUGAUUGCUCACAUUCUGUGAAUGCAGGGGGGUCAUAUCAGUUUUUCUCUAAGGGAGGAAUUCCUGGCUACCUUUCCCUUUCAUUUUGAUAAGAACUACAGAUAUUACAUAGGGUGAACUUUCCAUACAAUUUUUUUGUAAAAUGAGCCAUUUGCAGUUAGCAUUAGAGAUCAUUGCUCUUACUACAGCAUUCAUUUUCUGACAGGGGCCCAUUUUCUAGGUUAGUUCAGUCUGUUUGAAAGUAGCUUGCAUCUAGAAAUAAAUAUAUACAAAUUAUCAAGUAAGUGUGCAUAGAAUGAACACAACUAUCGAUCUCACGGGUUCUUCCCUUUCUAAAUUUUUUCUCUUUUCGAAUUUAAAAACGGUAUUUUUAGUGUUCUUGCUGGUCCUUCUUUCACAUCCCUUAAGCUUUUUUGCUGUUCCCAGGCAGAAAUUACACAUCAAAGUUGUACACCUACAUUUUUUACAUCACCUUAACUUAGUGAUGAAGCUGACCAUCUUGAAAUACACUCCCACUUUUAUUUUUCUUAUUUAUCCUCAAUCACCUUGGACAGUUGGAUUUCAUAUGUAUGUUGUUUGGAAUUCUAACAAAAGCAUCUCUUUUACUUUUUAUUUUUUAAUUUUUUUUUUGCUGUUAAUUGUUGCUUUACUUUGGUUGUAUGAACAGAGCAUCUAUGUUAAAAUAUUGUUAUGCUUGUCAAUUGUCUUUAUAUUCCAUGAAGGGGAAUUCAAGAUAUAAUUAAUAUCAUUCUCUGGAAUGUUUUAAUGGCUUGGGAAAAGCCAAUACCACAUUCCAUUUUCUCAGCACAAAAUUAAGAGUGCCUUUUACAGUCUAAAGUUUGUGCCCUGAGUGGGUGAAAUUUUUCUCUGUUUAGAGUAACAAAUUUAAGAAUUAGAAUUGAUUGUAGUAUACUACACUAGGAAUUGAGUAAACAAUGUAACAAUUUUGAGAGGAUAAUAAUCAAGCUAUAAAACAAAAUCAGUUAAUAUGUUUAUGUGGCAUUUCAAAUGCUACCUAGUUCUAUGGGGAUGUGUCCAGGUUUGGCUCAGCGCACUUGGUACAUGAAACAAAGCCACAUAAAAUGUCAUGCUCAUGAGAGCUUUUAAGUGAAACUUGGUCUCAGUCUGCCUUAUAGAAAAUAUAGAAUGUUUGUGUGGCAAACUGACAACUUGCUCUGGUUAUAUCAUAAAGCAUAGAAUAUAAAAAAACAAGUACAUAUUCUUACAAUCAUGACUACACACAUUUGGUAUUUGUUUGAAUUACAUGUAGAAAGUUAUUUUGCUGAUAUUUGAGAAAUUAGAACUUUCUUUGAGUAUCUGUUAUACCAUUUAUGGCUUUAUCAUUCUUAAUAAACUACAGUUAAUAGAAAGCUAAAGUGGGAAAUAAAAACUAAAUGCUUCUUUGAGUAUGAUAAAUAUUUUUAUAUUGUGCAUAACAUUUGCUAAUAGUAGAUCUUCUCUAUAACAUAAUCUUAUUUAUUUGUACUUCUUUUGUAUUAUAUAUAUGGUCACAAUAGUGAUAUCUUCAUGUGUCUUUUCCCUUUAAUGAGACUUCCGGUUAUUAGGUUGCUUUAGGAGUCAGGUACCUCAGGAGUGUAGCGAUCCCUUUCUUCACCACACAUAAAAAUUAGAAGACAGUGUCAAUUUUUAAAAUUUCAUUUCCAGUGUCCUCGGACCACAUGACAAUAAAUCACUCUUGCAUCUCACUGGUAUGUCAAAAAUAAGAACAAUUGAAAGCUUCAACUAUGAACAUGACAUUUAAUGCAUGGGAUUACUUAAUACUCCAGUGAUACUAAACUAUGAUUGUGAAACAUUUGAGGAAAAUAAAAUACAUGUAUUAAUAAAAGCAUUGCUGAACUUAAUCUAAUUAAAGAAAAAAGAAUUUUUGUCACCUGUGACAAAUGGAUUCUACAACAAAGCAUAUCUAUGUAUCACAGGUACAUAAGAAAUUAUAGUUAGUACGCCUAAUUAUAACUUUAAUAUGUGUUACUUCCUGCCUGUGAAGUUAGAACAUACAUGUAUAUAUUGUUUCAAUUUACCAAAAAAGUUACAAAA